AUGGAGCAACUUAUUAACAAAUUCACCUUUACAAGAUUACUCAAAGCAGAUAGUCAAACCAAGACAAUUUCCAUUCUUGGUGAGAUUGAUCAACAGAAUGCCAUUGUUACUAUUGAGAAAUCCCUGUUUCAUACAGAUCUGGUCCAAUUACAAAAAUUAAUCACCGACAUCUCGUUAAUAAACUCUAACGAUGUUUACUACUGGUCCAAGGUCAACUUGUACCAAGAUUUGGUUGAUUCCCCUGGUGCUAAAUUAAACUUGAUUUUCCCAGCUACAGAAACACACAUUAGAAAGUAUGACGAUCAGAAAUUGCAUUACAUUAGGGAAACUCCUGAGAUGUACCAGAAAUAUGUCAUCCCGUAUAUUAAAUCCAUGAAAGGAGACAGAUUGAAGUGGGUUUACAAUAUUCUAUUUGAAGGCAAGGAAAGUGAAACAUUUAUUCACCACGAUAAAUCACCUAACGGGUUUGUAUUGUUACCAGAUAUGAAAUGGGAUGGUAUCAACUUGCAGACAUUGUACUUGUGCUGUAUUGUUAACCGUAUGGAUAUUUCCAGUGUUAGAGAUUUCGAUGCAUCACACGUGGAAUAUCUUACUGAAUUGCAGGAUACAAUAAUCAAAGUUACUACAGAAAAGUAUCCGUUGGCAAAAGACCAAUUGAGAAUUUUUAUUCAUUACCAACCAUCGUAUUAUCAUUUCCAUGUACACGUGGUUAAUGUACAACAUCCAGGGUUGGGUGAUGGUAUUGCUAUUGGUAAAGCUAUAUUAUUAGACGAUGUUAUAGACAAUUUAAAGAUUGACGGUGAUUACUACAAAAGGAAAACUAUAGGUUAUGUACUUGGAGAAAACCACGGUCUUUGGCAAUCUAUAUUUAAUAAUUAA